CUGUGCACAGUUCCACACUCCUUCACAUUUGCGUGUGCAUGCAUGGCUGGCUGGUAGCUAGACUUUCAAAUCAGCGUUGGAAAUCAACAAUAAUUUACAUUUUUGGUGCAAAAUGAUUGCUGAUUUAUAAACAGCGUUUGUGUCACUGUCAAAGUGUGUGGGAAGUAGUGUACCCCCGAUAUGCAUGUAUAGGCCUAGUCAUUAAAGACCGAAGUUCAGUUUGCUCUUAGCAUUAGUGUUUGCAUUUCUCGUCUGAAUAAAGGUGGAAGAAGAUAACAGUUAGGAGCAUUAACAUCGGUGAUUGGAGACAUGCACGCGGAAGACAUUACUUUGCAGGAAUGAGUAGGGGAAAACACUGUAGAGUGUAGCCUACAACCGUGAUAUUUUAUACUUCAUUGCAGUAUGCAGAACCGAUGCCCACCAUUGAAUUCACGCGGAAAAGGCAUAACCUGCUCUCAUCUAGUGGAUACCUGUGAGUAAUAUUAAAUAGAAUUGGACCAAACAUGGAGCCUUGUCUUACUCUCGAUUCAAACUAUACGUGUACUGAACCCCCUCCUAAAUUCAAUAUCUCACGUCCUAACUUCUGCUCGUCGUGUCCAGCAUCACCAACAACCGAAGAGCCUACAACAGUCUCAUCAACCCUUACAUCAACCGUGAUAUCAACGGCCUCAGAUAUCAUUUCUACCAUUAUUACGAAUGCUUCAACUCUUACCCAAUCAAGUAUUACCCCAGGUCCUCCCACAAGUCCCUCAACAAGCAAAUCAACACCCGGAUCUACUGAAUCAACAACGUUUAUGAUUACGACUGAAAAUCGUACAGCCAUUUGCGGUAAGCAAAACGUAUUGCACAUUGCUAUUCGAGCUAUAUGCUCGCAUUCACUUUAG